AUGUCUCAGAUACUCGUUCCAGACUAUGGCCAGACUAGUAGCUCGCCUGUGCUCUUCUCCGCCGGCGCGGCCCCAUCUCCGCGCCUAGCCCUCCUCCCACAGAAGUCCUCCCCGCGCCCAGUCGCAGCGCUGCUCCGCCCUCGAGCUGCUUCCACGCCUCUCCACAUCCAGUGGGUGGGCCGGCCUCCCCCAGUCGCUCCUCCUUCACCCGCGGCUGCAUGCCCGCGCUGGCCCGGUCGUCUGCGUCAGCGCCCCCGCGUGCCUGCUGCUACGGCCCGCUCCGUCAAACGCCCCGGCGCGCCAGGCCUACCCUACUACGUCGGCGUCGCCGCCCCUCGCCAGCUCCCGCGCUCCUGCCUGCGCCGCCCGCUGGCUCGCGCCCCCGUCAUCGUCCGCCCCUGCGACGCCACCUCCGGUGUCUCGUCCGCCGCCGCCUCCCGCGCUGGCCGGCCUCUCGCGCCGCCUACCGGACUCGCCCCGCUCGGCCGGCUCCCCUGCCGCCCUGUGCCCGUCCGCGUCCGGACUACGCGCGCGCCUGCUCCACCUCGAGCCCGGCCGUGUCCGGCUCCCUGGUGCUGCCCCGCGCCCGGCCGGGUCCGGCGAGCGUCGCGCUCGGCCACCCAUCCCCGCACCAGCCGGCUCCGGGUCCCCGCCGGGUCGCCUCCACCUGCGGCCGGGUGCCCCGCACCCGCCGGCUCCGGGUCCUCGCCGGGUCGCCUCCUGCGCGCUCUCAUGCUGGCUCCCGCCCCGUGCGCCUCGCACCGCCGCCUCCAGCCGGCCGCGGCCCCGGGCCGGCUCCGCCCCGCCCGCGCGUGGCGCCUCCUGCUCCGCCGACCGCCGGCUCCGCCUCCGCCCGUGGCCGGGUCGCGCGUGCCGGCUCCGCCUGCCAACCCGGCGACCCGGCGCUCGGCCGGCUCUGCCUCGCCUACCGCCUCCACCGCGCUCGGCCGCCCCGCUGCCUGCCCGCGUGCCGGCUCACCGCCCCGGCCGGCUCCCAGCCUGGGCCGCCUCGCCUCGCAUCCGGCUGCCAUCGCGGCCUCGCGCCCCGCGCUCCUCUGCCAGUAG